CUANCUUUGAAGUGGAUCCAGAGGAACAUCCGCAAUUUCGGAGGUGACCCGAAAAAAGUGACACUGAUGGGCCAAAGUGCGGGUGGUGUGGCGGUGGAUCUCCAUAAGUUGUCGAAUAUGUCAGCUGGUUUGUUCCAGCACACAAUUUCCAUGAGCGCAUCUCCUCUUUGCACGUACUGGGCGUUCCAAAGCAAUGUCGAAGCACGUACGCAAGCGUUCCUGCUGGGCUCUAAUCUCGGCUUAAAGACAGACAACGAAGAGGAAUUGUUAAAUUUUCUGAAAAACGCCACAGCCGGUGAAAUCAUCAAAAAAGCUGGCGAACUACCAGGGAUUCCCUUUAGGCCAACGUUGGAGCGGGCCGAUGUUGCUCCGGACGAACCAAAGUUUUUAACUGAGUGCACGCCAAAAUUGUACCACGAAGGACGUUACAACAAAGGCCCUCAUAUGAUGGGUUUCACAUCAAACGAAAUAUUGUUUCUAGCUAAAAGUUUGGAUGAUUUGAUACAAUAUUACAAAGAUGCCGUGAAAUCAAUUAACAAUAAUACUUUACUGAAAGCCAUUCCGAUCGUGUCAAAAAUCAUAUCCAUACCGUUUGAAGGAAUCGCAGAAUUAAAAGAAGCAGCUUUCUCUGAAUUAAUUGAGGACUUAUCGGACAUUUAUUUUGUAUCGGGGAUCGAUAUGAAACAAAAAUUGCUUUACAAACACAACAACGCUCCAAUAUACUAUUACCAUUAUCUUUUCAAAUCGUCGCAAUCCGCUCAUAAAUCUGCAGGCAUUAAAAAUUUGGAUGGAGUUGCGCACGAAGAUGAAUUGCCUCACAUUUUUUACAGGCCUCAUUUGGACAUUGAUAUCUUCAGUCCAAGAAUUACAACUAUGAGGGAAAAACUUGUAAAAUUGUUCACGAAUUUCGCCAAGUAUGGAAAUCCUACGCCAAACGCUCAGAGAGACACGUUGUUGGAGGUCACGUGGCCUGACUCUGGUAGCAAUGGAAGUCAUUUGGAACUCAAUGAGGUACUCGUUGCCGUAGGACAUCGUCCAAUAAGUGCACUCGCUGAUGUAUACCAAAAAUUAGGUUUCAGUGAUUCUAGUAUUUACAACGACUGUGACAAAAGUGUCUUAAGCGACAUAAUAAAUGGCAUAGCUAAUAUCCCCGGAAAGGCUGCAGAAGCAAUUUCGGAUGCCAAGGACACUGUAGGCAAAGUAACGGACGGAAUUUCAGAUGCCGCGGAAAAAUCCGUUGACAAAAUUGUAGAUACUGUUUCAGAUACAGUAGAAAAAAUUCCAGUGAUCGGAUGAUGAUGGAUGGAAAAACUGUAUUGAUAAUUUUUUUUUUCAAUUAUUUUUCACAAACUGUUUUUAUUACUCUUUACCAUUAUACCAAAAAU